CGUUUUAGCAUUAAUCUCCCUCCAGUUCCACAUAUUCAACUACACAUCAACAACAACUGAUAUUACGUCAAAACGCACACUUAUAAAAGCCAACACGUAUCAAAACACUGCAUUUCGACUGGCGUUCAUUUGACGAGUGUUUGUGACUUUUAGCGCUGAGCGAAAUGGCAGGGAAGGACAAUCUGACAGCCGUUUUGUACGGAAUCGAAGACAUGCGAUUGGAGCAGAGACCCAUCCCGGUACCCAAAGACCACCAGGUCCUUCUGAAAAUGGAGUCUGUGGGGAUUUGUGGUUCCGACGUCCACUACUUGGUCAGCGGACGCAUCGGGCCCUUCAUCGUCGAAAAACCGAUGAUAAUCGGUCACGAAGCCUCUGGAACCGUGCUCCAAGUGGGUAAAAAUGUCACAAAUCUCAAACCAGGUGACCGUGUGGCCAUCGAGCCCGGAGUUGGGUGUCGUACUUGUUCUUUCUGCAAAGAGGGCGAUUAUCAUCUUUGUGCCGAUAUGAUCUUCUGCGCCACGCCGCCAGUCGAUGGGAAUCUCAGCCGGUACUACGUCCACGAUGCCGAUUUCUGCUUCAAGCUGCCUGACAAUGUCAGUCUUGACGAAGGCGCCCUUAUGGAGCCCUUAUCCGUGGGCGUCCACGCCUGCAAACGCGCCAACGUGCGCUUCGGGGACGUGGUCCUAAUCCUGGGAGCCGGACCCAUAGGGCUAGUUACGCUCCUGUCCGCCAAAGCAAUGGGGGCCACUAAGGCCAUAAUCACAGACGUCGUUGCCGGGCGGCUCGAAAAAGCCAAAGAAAUAGGGGCCGACUAUACCCUAAAAAUCGAAAAAAAUAUGACGGAGCAGGACAUAGUGUCCAGGAUUAAGGAGCUUUUAGGGGAAGACCCUAAUAUCAGUUUGGACUGUACUGGAGCCGAACAGUGCGUGCGGGUUGCGCUUCAGGCGACGAAGACAGGAGGAGUCGUCACUUUGGUGGGGUUGGGCAAGUUCGAGAUGAAUUUGCCUCUGACGAGCGCUUUGAUACGCGAGGUGGAUAUCAGAGGGGUUUUCCGAUACAAUAACGAUUAUCCUACAGCUAUCGAAAUGGUUAAGACUGGAAAGGCAAACGUCAAGUCGUUGAUUACGCACCACUACAAGAUCGAAGACACGAAUAAGGCUUUCCACACGGCCAAAACUGGGGAGGGAAAUCCGAUUAAAGUUCUGAUUCAUGCAAAUCCUGACUGGAAACCGUGAUUUUUUUAGUUUGUGCCUUUUGUUUUGUGGAUAAUAAAAUGAGAUUGUGUGUUUUAA